AGAGAACUUCGCCGGCCAUGUACACUUCAUCAGCAGUCCAACGAGCGAAACGACGAACACACAAGACUGAGCUCACCGAGGAACAGAAACAGGAGAUCAAGGAGGCCUUUGAGCUGUUCGACACCGACAAGGAUGGCUGCAUAGACUAUCACGAGCUCAAGGUCGCAAUGCGGGCGCUGGGAUUCGAUAUGAAGAAGGCGGAGGUGCUGAAGAUUCUGAGAGACCACGACAAAACCGGUCAGAAUCUCAUGGAUUUUGAAGACUUUGCCAAAGUCAUGAGCGAUAAAAUCCAAGCACGCGACCCAAUAGAAGAAAUUCGACGCGCGUUCCAGCUCUUUGACGACGACCAAACGGGAAAGAUCAGUCUCCGCAAUCUGCGACGCGUGGCGAAGGACAUUGGCGACCGGUUAGAGGAUGACGAGCUACAAGCCAUGAUCGACGAGUUCGACCUCGAUGGCGACGGCGAAAUCAACGAACAAGAAUUCCUGGCUAUCAUGACCGACGAAGCCUAGUUCUUUGUUCAGACUGCCCUCCCCGUCCCACUCUAUCACCCAUCUCCCAACGGACUGUUCUUGUUGUAUCCUUGUUUAGUCGCUAUCGCUUUUGUUGUUUCAUUUCCCCUCGGCUUGUACAUUCUGGGCUCUACGCAACUGCAUCCUUAUAUACAGAACCAAGUAAUAUUACGCAAAUCCCGC